AUGGAGGCGCCGGAGCCCAUGCCGGGCUACGAGGAGCUGGUGCGGCGGAGCUACCGGAGCCUGGCCGGGGCGCUGCGGGGCUGCACGGACUGCGGCUGGGAGCUGACCCGCCGGACGUGGGCCGAGAACGCCCGGCUGGCCUGGAGCGAGGCGCUGCUUUGUCUGCUCUGCGCCGUCGGCUGGACCGUUGCGCGCCGCGCAGCCUCCCGCUGCCUGUUUCGGCCAUUUGCCGAGUGGUGUCAGCUGGAGCCAAAGGAUGCCACAAAGGUGCCGGAGAGUGCCUGGAAGCUCCUCUACUACCUACUCUCUUGGUCCUACAGUACUUACCUGCUCUUCUUCGCUGGCUACCCUUUUUUCUAUGACCCGCCCUCCGUCUUCUAUGAUUGGAGGAAGGGCAUGGAAGUACCGACAGACAUCGCUGUGGCCUACCUGAUGCAGUGCAGUUUCUAUUGCCACUCGAUCUAUGCCUCCCUCUACAUGGAUGCCUGGCGUAAGGACUCGGUGGUGAUGCUUAUCCACCACGUGGUUACCUUCGUACUGAUUGCGCUCUCUUAUGUCUUCAGGUACCACAACGUGGGCAUCCUCGUGCUCUUCCUCCAUGACAUCAACGACGUGCAACUGGAAUUCACCAAGCUCAAUGUUUAUUUCAAGUACCGCGGGGGGGUCUAUCACUCCUUGAACGACUUCAUCUCAACCAUCGGUUGCAUCUCCUUCAGCGUCAGCUGGUUCUGGUUCCGCCUCUACUGGUUCCCCCUCAAGGUGCUCUACGCCACCUGCCAUUCCAGCCUCCGUUCCGUCCCCAACAUCCCUUUUUACUUCUUCUUCAACGCUUUGCUGUUCGUCCUAACGCUGAUGAAUCUCUAUUGGUUUAUGUACAUCAUCCUCUUUGUGGCAAGGGUCUUGAUGGGGCAGGUCCAGGAGGUGAACGACGUGCGAGAAUACGACAUCGAUGCUGGGAGGAAAGCAGCAGCCCUCCAGAAGAAAGACGGAAAGCUGCACAACUCCAGCUCUGGGAAAGAAAGGAAACCCCUAAUGAACGGGAUUGUGAAGCACAAGCACCUUUAAGCGGGGACGUGGUGAACCUGGGGAACGGCCUGCCCAGCUCUGCAGCCCCAUCUCCUUCGCUCAAACCCCGGCCGGUUUGGAGAGCCUGCGAGGUGGUGCUGCCCCACAUUUAAACUGGAGGGCCCCCCAUGCAUUCGACCCCGAGUGGGGGAGUUACCAUUGCACGCUCAGCUGGGGUUCCAUCAACGGCACGCAACGGGCUGGAGAGGGCUGUCGGGUGACCCUUUCUUUGCACUGGUCAGGUUGGAACAGGGUGUAUUUUAUAUACAGUGGAAAGAGAGUGCCUCCACACGGGUGUCCAUUGUCCCUC